AAAAAACUUUAGUUUACUAUCAAGCUGUGCCCUGUUUUUUUUUUCUGAUUAGGUUCACCCAGGUCCUCGAGUCAGUUCUGUGUCACCAAUCAGCUCAGCAGAGCAGUGGAAGAAACAACACCUGGUCUGACUGUUAUUACAGAAGAAGAAAAUGUAGUCAAUGAAGAUAAUGAGGAUGCAGAGAACAUUGAUGUCUGCACAUCCAGUCAGGACAUCUCUUCUGAGGCUAAUACUGGAUCAAAGGCUGUGGAUGAAAUUUCCUAUGACCUGUCACCCCAAUCACCCAUGCCAGAACAGGACGAUGUGCAAGGAGGACUGAAAACUGAGCUCAAAGUUCUCAUAAAACAGUCUCAUCAGUGUGAAGAAGUUGAAGGUAUGUCUCCAGAUUCAGCUGGAGUUGCAGAAGAACAGAACAAAGAAAUUGAAACCAAUAAGAAUACAAAGGAUGCAACAAACUGCAAGGAUAAUCCCACUUCCAGCAUGGAGAGCUGUUCUAUUGUAAACACUGGGUCAGAAGUCAUAAAUGAGAGUCUCCAGGAAACCCCACAGAGAGCGACUACUCUGGAACUUGAUGAUGUACAAAGAAUGCAACAUGAAAACAAAAUCCUAUGUCACCAGAAAAUCAGCAAACGAACAAACACAAAUCAAAGCAGCUUUGAUAAAACCACUGAGGUGGAUCAAAAUAAAAAUAAUGAUGAGAAACAGACGUUGGAAGCAGAGCUGCAGAAAUGCAUAGAAGAUUUGAAAAAUCUUAAAAUACCAUCCACAUUCUUAAAGAAGCAGAGACACUGGCAAAAUGAAUUAUUAAAGAAAUAUGAUAUGUAAUUCAAGUAUUAAGUCAAAAGCAAAAUAAUUGCAAUACAGUACUUAAUUUAUUUGUCAACUUUCUCCUAGUAGAAUUUUGAACUAAAAUGUUGAUAAUAUAAAUACCCACAUUAUUUUAUAUUAAUAUCCUUCAAAGUCAUUGUACAAUACCUAUAUAAAGUAAGUAGAUUCUGUGUUACUAUGUAUCUUGUUCUUCUCACAUUCUGUCUGACAUACUCUUCACUUCCCAGGAAAACCAAUUUCUUUCCUGUUAAACAUAGAAACUCUUAUUAUUUCUUAUUGAACAGGAGUACUAAAGAAAUGCAUAAGCUACUUUUAAGUCCACUCUACCUGACAGUCAUCUACAAAUUGGAAUUUAUAAUCAUUAUCGCUGUAAGUUCUAGCUUUUUUUUAAGAGAGAAAUCAUUAAUAGGAAUCCAGAGCUUGAACAUGAAACGAAACAGUUAGCAAAUAGACUCAAAGGAUACUUUAAUGAAAUUAUUAGGUGUAUAAUUUUGUAAAAUUGGCUUUUUAUAUCUCUAAGUCUUUUGCUAAUUAACCCUGUGAUACAGACCCAAUUGAAACAUUAAUUUAUGGCUCUAAAUGCAGCUUUGAUUAAAUGUGCAGAGUGAUACUUUUCUGUUUUGAAUGAAUAAUGUAAUGAAAUAAAGUGACACUUGUAAUAUCAUGUUACAUGUAAAUCAUUACAACUUUACAACUUUAAGUUGCCAAGCCUAAAUUCAGUAGUUCCCAAUAGUAAUUGUGAUGUGUGAUUAACCCACUUUGGCUCAAUGUAAUGAAGGCAGCAAACUAACUUAACGAUUUGAUGAAUUCAAUUAUUGUAGCCAAGAACAACACCACCAUUCAUUGACUGAAUGUCUUAGUGACAUCCAAUAUAUGACAUGUAACUUGUAUGAGUUAAAGUUAGCUUAAUCUGUUUAAUCAGGCCAGCAUAUCUUAAACUCCAGAAUGGAUACUGUCAGGCAAAGAUUGAAUAUUUUCUUCAUUGGAUUCAGAUGAACCCUUUGAGGAGCAUCAGAGAUGACUUAAAGUAAACCUGCCACUGUCACAUGUAGUGUCCCUUAACUGAGUUUAUUAAAAUGUCCCACUAAUCAAUAGGCUGUUUAGGUGAAUAGAUUUGAGACCUCAAAUGCACUGAGUGAUUUGAAUGUUUUAAAGGGAUGUCCCUAGUGUUUGACUAUUCCCUGAAAGCAAUUUUGUUAUUCUUGGGAAACAAAGUCUAGACUUGUACAAGUAGGCAUUUAGUUUUGCUUUCCAACCAACUCUUUUAACAGCCAAUAAAUAUAUCAUUCUAAUUAACAUUUACUUAAGCUUGAAUAUUCUUUCAGCAAAUUUUAUCCAUUGACACUACCACCACUGUCAAUGUUUGCAAUGGUCUGUCAAGAUACAGAAGCAAUUUCCAUUCUAAAAACAAAUGUCCCAGAAACCAAUAGGCUGUUUAGGUGAAUGGAUUGAAGACCCCCAAUACACUGAGUGAUUUGAAUGUUUUAAAGGGAUGUCUCCAGUGUUUGAUUAUUCCCUGAAAGCAAUUUUGUUAUUCUUGGGAAACGAAGUCCAGAGUUGUACAAGUAGGCAUUUAGUUUUGCUUUCCAACCAACUCUUUUAACAGCCAAUAAACGUAUCAUUCUAAUUAACAUUAAGCUUGUAUAUUCUUUCAGCAAAUUUGUCCAUUUACACUGCCACCACCAUCAAUGUUU